AGGCAUUCAUAUGAAGUAUGAAACCUCUGAAGUGUUCAAGCUGGAUUUGGCCAGCAUGUUCUCCCUCUGUUUGGGAAAGUGAAAAUUCCUGAAGUCACUUCACUUCAGGUUUCUUUUGGGGAUCUAAACAUGCAUGCAGAGACUUUGGUGAACUCCGUCUUAGUUUUUUUUCUUCUAAUUUUGCUCUCCGCCGUUCAAGGAAGUUUACGGCAGUCACUAAGGCAGGUGGGUGGAGAGUGUAAGAUCUCCCCUGAAUCAUCACUGAGGCGCUGUCGGACCCCCGAUGGUUUGAUCUGUAGUGGGAGAGGUGAGUGUGAGUGCGGGAUUUGCAUAUGCCAAGUCACGGAACCCGGAACAUUCUAUGGACCACGUUGUGAAUGCCAUGCCUGGAUCUGCCCUGCAUAUGAUGGGAAGAUCUGUGGAGAUAAUGGGAUAUGCAAAUGUGGAAAGUGUUUCUGUGAUGAAAACUGGUUUGGGGAAUCCUGUCAGCACCAGGAGGAAUGUUCACUCUCCAGCAAAACCAGUAAAGACCUCUGUCGCAAUGUCCAGGGUGUAGUUUGCUCCAAUGCAGGCACCUGUCACUGCGGCAGCUGCAUGUGCCAUAAUCCCGAUGGGAAGAGCCUGAUCAGUGGACGCUACUGCGAGUGUGACGACAGCGAGUGUUUGGAUGAAGACUCCCUAGAAGUGUGUGGAGGCCAUGGAAAGUGUUACUGUGGAAACUGUUAUUGCUCGGCUGGUUGGCAUGGAGAUAAAUGUGAAUUCCAGUGUGACAUCAGCCCAUGGGAGAGUAAGCGGAGAUGCACAUCUCCAGAUGGCAAGAUCUGCAGCAACAGAGGCACAUGUGUAUGUGGCGAGUGCACUUGCUAUGAUGUGGAUCCCUCAGGAGACUGGGGUGACAUCCAUGGAGAGACCUGCGAGUGUGACGAGAGAAGCUGCCAUGCCAUGUACGACAGAUACUCAGAUGACUUCUGUUCAGGUCACGGCCAAUGUAACUGUGGCAGGUGUGACUGCAAAGAAGGUUGGUCUGGGAAGAAAUGCGAUCAUCCUCUCUCCUGUUUGCUGUCUAUGGAAACCAGUCAGAAGAAGUGUCGGGGAACCUCCAGUCUGCCCUGCUUUGGCAGAGGGCCGUGUGUGUGCGGCCAGUGCACAUGCCACCCACCCGGAGAUAAACGUGUACACGGCAAGAACUGUGAGUGUGACGACAGGCAGUGCGAGGACCUGAACAGAGAGACCUGUGGAGGCCACGGCUUCUGCUCGUGUGGCCGCUGUAUCUGCCAUGAUGGAUGGUUUGGGAAGCACUGCCAGUUCCCCCGCAGCUGUGACAUGACGGACGAGCAGAGCAAGAGCCUGUGCGAGACGGCCGAUGGCGUCAUAUGCUCUGGAAAAGGCUCUUGUCACUGUGGUCGCUGUAUCUGCACACCACAGGAGUGGUACAUUUCAGGGGAAUUCUGCGAGUGCGACGACAGGGAGUGCGACAAACUUGACGGGCUGGUUUGCACAGGGAACGGUGUGUGCAACUGCGGAAAUUGUGACUGCUGGGAUGGCUGGACAGGAAACGCCUGUGAAAUCUGGAUUGGAGAGGAGCAUUAACCUCUGAUAACACCGAUGGAGUCUGAGUGAUAUGGCUGUUCUCCAGUCAGAGACUCCAACAGAAGAUAUUUUUCUUUGUUGUUUCAAAUUGGGCUUUUACACGCACCUAGGGAGUCAGACUUUGCCUUUCACUGGUCCAGAUCGUUGCUCACAGAGAUCUGUCAAACCUUCUACACAGAGGAAUAUGAACUGCACCACGGGGCAUAUUUAAACCGUCCAUCUCCACAAGCAUGGGAAUGCCUUUCUUUGGCAGUUAAGAAGCCCCAUCAGGAUAACAUUGCUGAAGCCCUGAGGAAAACUUGUAAAUGUAAAUGUAGCUACUGAAGUUGUGGUAUAGUGUAUACAUGAGAGAUAUUAUUUUGCUUUACUGUCUUCACAGUACAAUUGUAAUAAUGUAAAAUACUAAAGGAAUUGUUCACCUAAAAAUGAAUUCUGUUUUCCUAUAUUCACUCUCGUGUCUUUUUAAAUCUGUUUGGCUUUUCUUUUUCUUUUUUCUUUUUUGGGAGACAAUGAAAGAUAUUUAAGUACUUUUGUCAAUUCAAUAAAAGUCAUCCAUUAUUGAUUUGAACCCCAUUAACAUUUAUUUUAUUGACAA